UACCCAAAUGGCGUAUUCACUUUGGGUUUUUAACCACUAGCGGGGUUCGUCAAAUUGCAAUUUUUAUUAGAUUAAGCAUGUACCCCGGGCUGACAUCAUCAGUGUGCGACGACCGCAUGACUGUAGGCAUAAACGAAAGAAGUGUAGGUGGCUGGGGGCUGGCCGCUUUUUAGGGUUAGUUAUAAGGUGUAAAAAGUUGCUGGAUACGUCAACUUGAUUGCAUCAGACUGUCUGAAGUGUUUUUGAACAAAAAAUCUACAGUUGCGGUUUCUAAAUGGAUUCGUUAUCCACUCAGAUUGCUUUAGGCGUUGUAGCGGGGUUGGGUUGUGGUCUCUGCAUCGGAUGGCUCCUUCGAGGCCGCUUUGUCAGAUCGUUAAAAGGCCCUGCUCCCUAUGGAAGUGAAGACGAGGCGAGUGUGAUGGGGGAGAGCGGAGAAUUCAAGAUGAUCCUAGUGGUACGGAGCGACUUGAAGAUGGGAAAAGGGAAGGUUGCAGCCCAGUGCUCCCACGCCGCAGUGUCUGCCUACAAACAAGUCCAACGGAGAAAUCCUGACCUCCUGAAACAGUGGGAGUACUCUGGCCAGCCUAAGGUGGUGGUCAAGGCCCCAGAUGAAGACACCUUACAUGAACUCUUAAUUCGGGCUAAAGAAUUUGGACUGCCAGUGAGCUUAAUUCAGGAUGCUGGGAGAACUCAGAUUGCUCCUGGCUCACGUACUGUUUUAGGUGUAGGUCCAGGACCUGCUGAUCUAGUUGACAUGGUCACCGGACACUUAAAACUUUAUUGAUGUUGAAUGGUUAGAAAGGCUUGUACUCUUUACUAGAGCUAUAAAACAUAAUUUAGGUCCUUUGUGAACUGUCUAUUAAAGUAUUGGUUGGACUACAGUUGUCUGUUUAAAAAGUGCAGUGAAAUAUUGAUUUUACAAAGCUCUGUGCAAGAUUAAACGCUGGACUCAAUGAAGCAAAAUCAUUAAGCUUCAUUUGUCCAAAGUCCCAA